AUGAAGACCGGUAUUGCUGCUGCCGCCGUUGCUGGCCUUUUGGCCACCUCGGCUUUGGCCUCUCCUACCUCUACCCACUCCGACUGGAACGGUAACGAGUCCAGCAACAAGCAUACCUCUGCUCCUUGGGGCUACAAAGCCGGCUCCCCUCAGUCCGUUGCCAACAUGAAGAAGCAGAUCAAGAACGUUGUCUGGAUCUUGCUCGAGAACCGUUCCUUCGACAACAUCCUUGGUGGUGUCCGUGGUCGCGGUUUGGACAACCCUACCAACAACGGCGACUACUGUAUCCCUCAGAACGUUAGCCAGCCUCAGGGUAAGCAGUGGUGCACGGGCAACAAGGACUUUGACUCUGUGUUGCACGAUCCCGACCACUCUGUCACUGGCAACAACUUUGAGUUCUUUGGGCAAUUUGCUCCCAACAAUGCUGAUGUUGCGAGCGGAAAGGUUACUGCUACUCAGAAGGGUUUCGUUGACAAGCAGUUGAGAUCGUAUCCUUCUAUCACCCCCGACCUUGCUGCCAAGGAGGUUAUGGGUUAUUAUACCGAGGACGAGAUUCCUGUUCUUGUCAACUUGAUUGACAACUUUGUCACUUUUAACUACUGGUUCUCUUGUGUCCCUGGACCCACCAACCCCAAUCGUCUCUGCGCCGUUUCCGGUACCGCUGACGGCCACGGAAAGAACGACAAUGACUUCGACGUCUCCGCCAUCAACAUCAACAGCAUCUUCCAACAAGCCAGCAGCAAGAACAUCUCCUGGCUCAACUACGACGGCACCAACGGUGCUUUCCUUCCCGACAGUCUCUUCUUCAACUGGACCGCCGCCAACGCCAAGUCCAAUGUCGUCCCCGUCGAGAACUUCUUCCAAGAUGCUUACUUGGGUCAACUCCCUCAGCUUUCUUACAUCAACCCUUCCUGCUGUGGUCUCAAUACCAACUCCAUGCACCCCAACGGUAACGUCUCCUAUGGCGAGAUCUUCGUCAAGCAAAUCUACGAGGCUCUCCGCAACGGUCCUCAAUGGGAAGAAUCUCUCCUCCUUUUGACCUACGACGAGACCGGUGGUUUCUUCGAUCACGUUCCUUCCCCCGCUGCUGUUCGUCCCGAUAAUAAGACCUACACCGAGAAGGCUAAGGACGGUGAAUCUUACACCCUUACCUACGACCGCUACGGUGGCCGUAUGCCCACUUUCUUGAUCUCUCCUUAUGUUUUGCCUGGAUUCGUUGAGAACUAUGGCGUUAACCCUGCAACUGGUAAGCCUGAGCCUUAUAGUGCUACCUCUGUUCUCAAGACUUUGGGACUUCUCUGGGACUUUGAGGACUUUACUCCUCGUGUUUCGAACUCGCCUUCUUUUGAUCACUUGCUUGGACCUUUCCCUGAGUGGAAGGCUCCUCAGUUGGCUGUUCCCAAGACUUUUUAA